AUGAGAUCGAAUGAUAUCUAUUUGUAUGUUACUUCGUCGACUUUUUCAAUUAUUGAAGAGCCACCAGUAGUUGAUACAAUUCUCAUUACUCGAUGGAUUCAAGCUUGUUCUGCAGGUGAUCUGCGAAGAGUUGGAGAACUAUUAAAGCAGAAGCCAUACUUGAUAUCAUACGCACCGGCGAUAAAUCACGGCUUUAGCGGGUUACAUUAUGCGGCAAAAGAUGGUCAUAGCUCUGUUCUCAGAUUUCUAAUUACAAAUGGUGCUGAUGUCAAUCUUCGAACUAGCGGUUACACACCCCUUCAUCUUGCUGCAAUUAGUAAACAAUUAGAAAUUAUUUCUAUUUUACUCCGAGAUUAUGGGGCAGACCCAUCAAUUGAAGAUUAUUCUGGUUACACUUAUCAGCAUUAUCUAUUAAAAAGGCAAGAAGCAAGACAAAUAGUGGAUACUUUCAGCAAAUAUGAAACGCAACAACAAGAGAGUACUUUGCAAGACAUGGCAGAAGUUACUCAGUUUUCACGUUUGAAAUCAUUUCGAAAAGCAGUUCAUGGGCGGAUGCGUUUUUUCAUUGAUAAAUAG